AUGGAUCACGGAAAAAUAACAGAUAAAAAUGAUAUGGUUACGAUCGAACAAUGUGGACUCAUAAUUCUCGGCAACUCAGGCGUCGGCAAGAGUUUUCUAGCCAAUGUAUUCGUUGGUCGCGAAGCAUUCGCUCAUAAGUUUAGUUCCAGUUCAGUUACUCGCGCUACUGAAUUCGAAGAAAUUGAACUUGGUGAUUUGCCCUUCACCGUUUUCAAUAUUCCAGGUUUGAUCGAAGCUGAACAAGAACGUAUCGACUUAAAUAAGAGAGAAAUUGAUAAAGCUUUUUCACUACGACCUAAUUCGAUAGUGAUGUUCGUAUUUGGUCACCAAGGUGGAAGAAUAUGUGAAGAAGAUGUUGUAGCUUUUAAUGCCAUCAAUGCAGCUUAUCGAUUUCAACCUGAAUCCCUGGUACUCGUUGUGAAUGGUUUACCCAAAAGGAGACCAAGCAAUUAUGAAGGCUCAACACUUGUUCUUCUUCAAAACCUUUUGCAAGGUACCAGUGUUAAUAACAACAAUGUCUGCUUUCUGGACCUCAUCAACGUCAAUGAUUUAAAUGAACGACAACAUCUCAAAGAAAAAUUGUUACAAGUGUUCGUAGAAUGUAUGCCAUCAGAACAUCAUAAGGAACAAGAAAUCGAAACACUUGUUGAUCAGCUUAAACAGGGAACGCAGCGAAUUAAAGAAUUGCAAGCUCAAAUUGAGGCUGAACAAGAUAAGUACAAGAAAGAAAUUGAAGAAGGUCAACGAGUAUUCAACCAAACGAUGACUAAUCACCAGACUGAAAUUGAAUCUUUACAACGCUCAAUACAAAAACAAGAUCAGCUGUAUGCGGAACAACAAUGCCGCUACCAAGAAGAGAACAAAAGAUAUCAACUCGAGUUACAAGACCUACGUAGAAAAGCUGAAGAAGCUCAGCGUUACUAUGAGAAGCUUCGUCAGGAACAAGAAAUUAAACAAGAGCAACUUCGAGCUGCUGAAGCAGCUAGACAGCACGCCCACGCCAUGUACCAAGCAUUACUUGCACAGGCGGCACCUUCACCACCUGCUCGAAGAAAAAAGAAGCAUUGGUGGAAAUAA